UGCCGCAAGAUAACAGGACCAACGGAGGAGGAUCCCGUAUUUCAUCAACACGGGCUAAACUUUUUUUGUUAUAAAACGCCUAAUCGAUAUAUUUCGAAGACGUAUUUAUCACUUCUUCUUUGAAGUUAUCCCAAAUGAGAACCCUCUGUUAUUGCGACAUGUGUACAGAUGGAUGUAGGACUGGGGGAGCAGCUUUCAGACAUACGCUGCUGUUUCUCGAUGUUUCACCGAAGCAGAUGUUGUGCCGGUGGCUCUGCUUGCUCAGCCUGAGCCUUUUGUUCCUUUUCUGGUUAGGACUCUUCGUCACACGCGGUCCUUUACCCGCUACAAAAGGCUCAAGCCUCUGGGGCUACAGGAGGAUUAGCCCGGACCGGACAGGUCAGUUUCUGGAAACUCACUGUAACCACUGUGCCUUGGUCUCCAGCUCCGGUCAGAUGCUUGGUGCCGGCACGGGAGAUGAAAUCGACCAAACAGAAUGCGUGAUCCGUAUGAACAACGCCCCCACCAGAGGUUUCGAGGAGGACGUCGGGAGCCGCACCGACGUCCGGGUCGUGUCUCACACCUCUGUUCCCCUGCUGGUUAAAAACGAGCGGUAUUAUUUCAAACAAUCUGCAAACACGACGUACGUGAUUUGGGGCCCCGAGAAGAAUAUGAAGCAAGACGGAAAAGGAGUUACUUUCAAUGCGCUCCUGAAGCUGGCCACCAAGUAUCUGAAAGCAAAAAUGUAUAUGGUGACCCGAGACAAGAUUCAGUACUGUGACAACGUGUUUCAGAAUGAAACAGGACUAAACAGGAUGAAAACGGGUGCCUUUCUCAGCACUGGAUUUUUCAGUAUGAUCCUCGCUAUGGACAUGUGUGACAGCAUCAGUGUUUAUGGAAUGAUUGAUGAUAACUACUGCAACCGAGCACAUCACAGAGUAGUUCCUUACCAUUACUACGAGCAGAAGAAGAUCAGUGAAUGCAAGAUGUACACGUUCCACCAGAACAAAAAGCUCGCAGGACACCGCUACAUCACUGAGAAGGCUAUCUAUGCCAAAUGGGCAACACGCCACAAGAUACAGUUUAAACAUCCUGCAUGGAGGCUCUGAGGAAUGGCAUCUUAUAUACUAAAUAUCCUGUCAACAGGUGAUGGUGUUACAAAAGCAGGUGGAAGUUACUGUACUCAAGCUUUAUGUUCUUGUUUCAACCAAAUAGGUUGACUUUUUAUUAUUUUUAUGUGAUGAAGGGCAUUUAACUGGCAGCGUUCAGUGUCUGUCAUUGAUUAUUUAGGUUGUGUUUACCCAUAUUUAAAUGGAUUCCAGUAAAGCCCAACAAAGCACAAAACUGAAACAGUUUAUGUCACAGUUGGCUACCAAUCAUUCAUUCAUUUCCAUCUUGUGUCUAAAUUUUAAGACCUAUUCUGCCCAAUUUUUUUUUUUACCUGUUUAUUCUUUAGACAAAUACAACAUGUAGUUUUAAAGACAUGAACCUGCAAUUGUAAAUAACAUUUCUGUACAAUGUUAGAUAGAAUAUAUUAGGUAUAAAUAUUCAAGACAUCAAUGUUACAAAUAUGCAAUUUAAAAGGCUUGAUUAUGUUCGUUGGCUUACGUCGUGUUCAUACCAAUAAAUCUGUUUCACAUU